UCAAGUAUUUCAACACUGGAAGGACUACAGAGGAAGAACCUAGCAGUACUGACUCCACCUGAGCAAUUCUUCUUUUAAAAACUUCAAAAAAAAUACCAAAAGCAUUGAAGAAUUAUGAAAAUCACCUUUUUCUUUGCUGUGCUGUUCUUGCUUGAUCGCUUUGUUUGCUGUCAUACAUAUGACCAAUAUCCCUUGCCUGACAUAGAAGAUGCAAAGUUCAUUGAAGACUGUGUGAGAGCUCACAAUGACUUCCGAUCCAAAGUGAAUCCACCAGCCAGCAAUAUGCUUCGUAUGUCCUGGGAUCCUGCUUUAGCUAAAUCUGCCAAGGCGUGGGCGAAGAGGUGCAUGUUUGAGCACAAUAUCUAUCUUAAAAUACCACAGAAGAUGCACCCCACCUUUACAUCUAUUGGAGAAAACAUCUGGACUGGCACCGCCACCAUCUUUUCUGUGCACGUAGCUCUGACUGACUGGUUUAAUGAAGUCAGCAGCUAUGAUUUCAACACCCGUCACUGCACUGACAAGUGUGGUCACUACACCCAGGUUGUUUGGGCAACGAGUUACAAAGUUGGCUGUGCAGUUCACUUCUGCCAUAGAAUUCACAAUCUUCAAGGAUUCAACAAUGUGGCGCAUUUUGUUUGUGACUAUGGGCCAGCGGGGAAUUACCCAACAAAACCUUAUAAAGCAGGACAACCAUGUAGUGGAUGCAGUAACGACCAGUGUGUGGGCAAUCUCUGUGUAAACGCAGAACGUGAGAAACUUAUAAGUUAUACCAACUGGUAUCCAGACUGGGACACUCUGCCGCAGCCACCGCAGCCCCGUCCCCCCCACCCUCCAGCCCGUCAGCCUCCGGCCCACACACCCACAACUGGGCAGCUGCAUUCUUCCUGUGACCACUACUGUGUUAGUGUCUUGAUUUUAAGGCCACUAUUUUUGGUACUGAGUGCUGUAGGUGUUCGGUUAGCGCAGCGGUGGUUUCCACACGUUUGUAUACAUGUAAUGAUUGCUAAGAUGCUGAUAAUGAUUCUACCAUUCCAUUAGAGAACUGCGUGUUUGAUAAAAAGCAGUCAUCUCUGCUAUACUUUGUGGUGUUUAUCCAAUGCAAAAUGCUUCUGCAUUCACGAGAAGAUUUAAAUGGCUGUGCAUGGAGUUGCUCUAAUUUAUUAGUGUGGCUUCUACAUCUGUAAGAGCCUCUUAACUCAGCUUCGGGGGAAGUUUGCUGGAAGGACCAUGUAGGCAGUGUACUGCUGCAUAUGCUAAUAAGCCUUCUGGAAACCUGGAGCAUCACAAAGAUCUGAAUCAUAGAAUCAAAGAGUAUCCCAAGUUGGAAGGGACCUCAAUGAUUAUUGAAUCCAACUUCCAGCUCCAUGCAGGACUACCAAAAAAUCAGGGGACCUGAAGUGAAAAAGGCCAACGAAAAAGCUCUUUUUAAGGCUUUUCAAAAAAGAUGGAGACAGCGACCCAGACAGAGGGCCUGCCCAGAAGUGUGGCUGUUCAGGUCUCCAGCUGCAAGGAGUGCGUGAGCCUGCUGCUGCCUGGGGAGGGGUGGCAGGGAUUCCACCUGUGUGAGGUGUGAGCAGGUGGAUGAGCUGCUCAGCCUGGUGGUGGAGCCCAAAGAGGAGGUGGAGAGACUAAGGACCAGUAGGGAGUGUGAGCGGGAAAUCGACUGGUGGAGUGACUUGCUGGUGUGCCAGAGGGAAGGGUGCCAGGGAGAUAUCCCCAGAAAGGUGUGGACCCCUGCCCUGUCACAAUCAGACAGACCUGACAGAUGAGAAGGGUUGGAAGAGAGUUUCAACUCAGCAUCACUGAGCCCGGUUCCCCAGCUCCUGCUAAGCAACAGGUUUGGGACGCUGGAAAUUGAAGGGGUGAUGAGUGGUGAGGUGAUGGAGGAUCUGUCUAGGAGGGAGCCUAAGGCGAGGUGGUCACCCCCACAGCUUUAGACUGCCUCUGUCAGGAAAGAUAGAAAGGUGAUCGUAGUGGGUGACUCCCUUCUCAGAGGAAGGCCCAGGUCAGGUGCAUAACCAGGAAACUCCCAAAGCUGGUCAAGUCCACUGAUUACUUUCCAUUACUCAUAGUUCAGUGAGCAGUGAUGAAAUUGCUCAGGGAAACCUGUAAACUAUGAAAAGAGAUUUCAGAGGUUUAGUGCAUUUAGUUCAAGGAAAAGGAGCUCAAGUGAUCUUUUGUUCUAUACUUUCAGGGGCAAUGAAGGACACAGAGUGGGCUUGGAAAGCCCAAGCAAUGAAUAAUUGACUCAGAGGCUGGUGUCGAAGCAGAAACUUUGGGUUCUUUGAUCAUGGCCAAUUGUCCAUCCGUGGAACCCACCUGUCUCAAAGAGGGAAACAAUCCUCAAUAAAGCUAGCAGGGCUUAUCAAUAGAGCUUUAAACUAGCUACAAUGGGGGAAGGAGACACAACAGGGCUCACCAGAGAUGAGCCUAAGGGAACAGUGCUGGAACUGGGGGAGUGGUAGAUGACUCACACAGCAUGGACAACAAGCAGGAGGAGCUGGAAGCGAUUGUGAGGCUAGCUGUGACCUAGUUGCUAUUACCAAAACAUGGUGGAACCAUUCCAAUGACAGGAGUACUGUGAUGGAUGGCUACAAGCUCUCCAGAAGAGAUAGACAAGGAAGGAAGGAUGGUGGUGUGGCACUUCAUAUUAAAGUGUGUUUUGAUGUCAAAGAGCUUGGGGUUGUGAAUGAUAAAGUUGAACAUCUAUGGGUAAGGAUCAGGGGAAGGCCUGUAGGAGCGACAUCUUAGUGGGGAUCUUUUAUAGACCACCUAAUCAGGAUGAAGUGAUGGAUGAGGCAUUCUAUGAGCAGACUGCAGAAGUUGCACAAUUGCCAGCACUUGUUCUCAUUGAAGACUUCAACUUCCCUGAUAUAUGUUGGAAAUACAAUACUGCAGAGAAAGCAUUCCAAGAGGUUUCCAGAGUGCAUGGAACAUAGCUUCUUUACUCAGCUGGUAUGAGAGCCUGCCAGGGGUGGUGCCCUGCUUGACCUGCUCUUCACUAACAGAGAAGGACUGGCGGGAGAUCUAAAGGCUAGGGACUGUCUUGGGCAGAAUGACCACGAAAUUGUAGAAUUCUCUAUUCUAGGAGAUGUCAGAAGGGUGAGUAGCAAAACUGUUAUCUUGAACUUCUAGAGGGCGGACUUUGACCUGUUUAGGAUGCUUGUUGCAGAUAUCCCUUGGGAAUCCCUCCUUAAGGGCAAAAGGGUCCAGGAAGCCUGGAUGCUCCUCAAGAUGGAAGUCUUAAAGGCACAAGAACAGGCUGUUCCUGAAUGCUGUAAGGUGAGCCGUAGGGGAAGAAGACUGGUGUGAAUGAACCAGGAAUUGCUUUGAGACUCCAGAAGAAAAAGAGAUCUAUGUCCUUUGGAAGAAGGGACAGGCUACUUGGGGGGAUUACAAGGAAGUUGCUAAGGUAUGCAGGGUGGAAGUUAGGAAGGCAAAAGCCCAACACAAGCUCAGUUUGGCCACUGCAAUGAAAGGGAAUAAGAAAUCCUUUCACAAAUAUAUCAACGGUAAGAAAAGAACCAAGGAGAAUUUCCAUCCUUUACUUGAUGCAGCAGGGAAUGUGACCACUGAGGAUAAGGAGAAGGCUGAGGUCCUCAUUGCUUUCUUUACAUCUGCCUUUAAUAGGCAGAUCAGACAUCCUCAGUGCACUUUACACCCUGGUCUGGAAGUCUGGGAUGCUAUGCUGAAUACAUCUGGGUGAUUCAGGCGGAGAUGGUUAGAGAGCUCCUCCUCCAUCUGGACUGUCAUAAAUCCAUGGGACCGGAGAGGUUCCACCCUCAGGUGCUGAGGGAGCUGGCAGAGGUGAUUGCCGAGCUGCUCUCCACCAUCUAUCAGCACUCUUGGUUAUCUGGAGAGGUCCCAGAGGACUGGAGGCUUGCUGAUGUGACUCCCAUCUGCAAGAUAAGGUAAGGAGAAUGCAGGGAACUACAGGCCUGUCAGCCUGACAUCAGCACCAGCGAAAGUUAUGGGGCAAAUCAUCUUGGAUGAGAUUGCACAGCAUGUGUGUGGCAUCCAGGGCAUCAGGCCCAGCCAGCACGGGUUCAUGAAAAGCAGAUUGGGCUUGACCAACCUCAUCUUCUACAACUGGGUGACCAGACGAUAGAUGGGGAAAAGGCUGUUGAUACAGUCAACCUAGACUUCACCAAAGCCUUUGACGUGGUCUCUCACAGGCUUCU